AUGGCAAGCGACCCUCCAGAGGACAAAAGUAAACAAAAGAAUACAAAGGAAGUUUCAAAGCCAGAUGCUACUCUUAAUGUCAAGAAAAACGCGAAAAUUUGUUAUUGUUACUUCCUGUGUGUUCCAAAUGUGAAUGCAGAAACUGCACCUGCGUACGCGGAAUUUCGCAGGCCUGAGCAGCAAGCCCGAGCGAACCCGAACACUGUAGUGUAUCUGACAAUGGCUCUCUCAAACUUCCCGCUCCGCAGGCAGACACCUGAGGGAAGAGCCGUCCAACAAGGUUCCGAUCCUUGCAACGAUUUCAAAGCACGUGUUCAAGCGUUGCGCGUUUCAGACAACUUUAGGGAAAGUCUUAAGCGACAUACUUGUAUCUCUCUGACGACGACUACUAAACAACUGAGACCAUCCUACGGGCUACAAGGUUUCUCGAAGUUUGUCGGAUUCAACAACCAUACAUCUGUUCAGUUGCCCGUACCAAUGACGAUGGUAGCAAACAUGGUAGAGCGUGGAGGAGCAGGGCUGGCCAGAGCCGCCCAGGCGAGGCAGGGUGAUGUGAGGCGGUGCAUGAGAAAAUGCAGCAGGGUUUCUGCAAGCAGUGUGUGCGUCUCAGCAAAUAGAACACGCCUUUACUUGCAGCACUGAUUCGAUAAACUAUGAUUAUAUUGCAUGAACAUUUAAAUCUGCAGGAAUGAAGGGAUCACAAGUCAGUAUUGAAUCUAGUCUUUCUCCCUUUUCAACUUUGAUCAGAAUAAUGUUAAU